CGAGUACUCAAUCGGAAUGAGUAAAAACAAUGAAAAAUGCUCUUUUCAUUCUCAUCCGUGCUCACCGGCGUCGUUUAGUAGGCGCUUCUCCACCAUCUCGCGUUCUCUCGCGCUCUUAACUUAGAACAGCCAGUACCAGGCACCUCCAUGGUCGGUACUGCAGGCAACAUCCCAGAGUGCUUCACUCCGGUCCGGUCGCUAUGGUAGCGCCCGUCCGGUCGUCGUCGACAGCGUUGAGCAGCGUUUCAUCCUGUCAGUUGCUUGGGACUGCUGGAUGUAAGCGGAUCUCAGGGGCCGGAGAACCAUCAAACCAGCCACUCACCCACCGUCGUCGAUGAUAGUGUGUUUGGGUUAAAUUUUGAAUCCGUUUUGUCAUCUGUUGGUGGGGCCACAAUUGUUGAUAACGAAGUGCAAUGGUACAUUAAGCUAAGCGAAGGGAAGUGAUAGUGAGGAGGAAAGCGGCGGAUGGUAGUUGUCUUGCGAAGAAGCGGGCAACGGACGCUCCAAGAGACGUCGUGGAAUGGCAGCGGCCACUGGUGAUUAACUGGUGUGAAAUUACGUGUACAGUUACGAUCGAGCAUGUUGUAGGUGUAUCGUGGCAAUAACGAAUCUCGAGACGCAACUCGAGCAUCGUCCCAGCCACUGGGCCGGCGGCAGGUGAGCCAGACUGACUGGCUGUUGAAUAAAUAAUUCGGCAAAGCUUUUACUGUGAAGCCAAGUGAAGGAAAGUGGAUAAUUGAAUGUGCAAGCAUUAAUCUGCAGCGUGCUGCUCAUCGGGGUAAUUGAAAUUGCGGCAAGUGUUUCCGAGAUUUCACGGGCGCGCGAGCUUGGCCAAGAUGACGAUCCGGGAGGACGCGGCGGAGCUGGUGCGCGUUGAUCUUGCGAAAGCGAACGGGAGCGCCUACUUUGGUCAGACGGGCAUGAUCGACGCUGGAGGCAGAGUAGGCGACGGACAGGAUGGACAGAUACAGUUCGAUAGGCUCGAGUUCGAAAGUCCGGAGGAUUUGAUGCGCCAUCUCUACUACACCUGCAUGCGGUCAAACACGAGCGAGCCACCGUGGACCACCGAUGGUAGUACGGUGUUUUGCCCGCGCCGGUUCGACGGAUGGUCCUGCUGGGAACCGACGCUGGCUGGGACGGUCGCGGAAAACUGGUGCCCAAAGUUUGUGCUAGGCUUUGAUCCACGGCGGCUCGCCUAUCGCACAUGUCAUGAGAAUGGGUCCUGGUUCGUACAUCCACACUCCGGACGGGAAUGGUCCAACUACACCAACUGUAUCGACACGGAAGAUAUGCAGCUUCGUCGGUUGGUAAACGACAUCUACAUCGGUGGAUACACGGUUUCGUUCUUAACGCUAAUUAUAUCACUGUGUAUUUUCCACAGCUUUCGCACGCUGAAAUGCACCCGCAUACGGAUACACAUCCAUUUGUUCACCUCCUUGGCGCUAAGCUGCCUGUUCUGGAUCGUCUGGUACAAGUUUGUCGUGGAGGAUCCGGAUGUCCUAAAUGCAAAUACGCCAUUAACCUCAAUUUGCGUUACUGUUCCGGGAAAUUCGUGUGCUUACAAACAAUCUUCUUUGCAGGGCUGGUGCGUCGGGCUGCACAUUCUGCUACACUACCUGAUGCUGGUUAAUUAUUUCUGGAUGUUCUGCGAAGGACUACACCUGCAUCUUGUGCUAGUUAUACUGCUGGAUGAACGAAAGCCAUGCCAUGUGGCUGCUGACGAUUCCGGUGUGCUUUUCGCUAGUGGCCUCACUGGUGUUUCUUAUCAACGUCGUCCGGGUGUUGCUGACGAAGCUAAGCUCCACCUCGCCCCAUCCAGCACCGCUCGGACUGCGGAAAGCGACGCGUGCCACCUUGAUUCUCAUUCCCCUGUUUGGUCUGCAGCACAUCCUGCUGCCGUUUCGGCCGGAGAAGGGCUGCUCGCUGGAACGGUACUAUCAGAUCGGGGCCGCCCUGCUGAUCAGCCUGCAAGGUUUGUGCGUUUCGUGCCUGUUCUGCUUCGCAAACCACGACGUCAUCUUUGCGGUACAGUGCUACCUGAGCCGAUUUUUCCCCGACCUCGUGACGCACCCGUUUCUCGAGAGCAACGGUGGGCAGCCGGCCACGCAAAGCCGCGACGUGGUCGUAUGACUACUGAACGCGCGUCGCUCCACACCGACGAGUAUAAGCCCGCGCGAAGCGACUCCCCGCGAGCUGGCCCAGUGUGCCGUCUGAGCCGUGUGUCUGUUGCUGUUGUGUCGUGUUGUUGUCGGUGGAAAAGGAAAACCCCAGCGCCAGAGGAUCCGUUGGCUGCGGUCAACGAAAUCGCCGUAGGUGUCCUUCGCGAUGGCGAGAUUUUGGGGGUUCAAGUCACAUGAUGUAUGUGCUGCUAUGAAUCCGUUUGGUGUUCGUAUUUCGGUGUUUCUGUGGUAAAUAAUGUGACUGCGUGUACAAAAUGUAAUGUUCCUGAAGCACAAACAAAAAUGUGUAGCGAGCAGGUGGUGGCACGGGAUCCGCUACCUUUCGGGUGACUAAAAAUAUGUUUAACAAUACUAGCUGCAAGCGGAGCGUUGGCCGCAUUCAGGACUGCAUCCUGUAGCGCACAUCCGGCGCCCGAAUUGGGUGAACGAAGAGAGAAAUAAAGAAUAUUUUUACAGCUUGAGUAA